AAUUCAUCUGAAUCCAGCCUUACAACAUAACUGACAUCUAAAGCAGAUAAGUGUAUAUAUGAUCCUACAUUCUUUCUUGCUCAAUCAAUACCCACAAAUAUUUGUUUCCUCCUAGGGUUUUUCACUUUAUCGAAAUUCGUCAAACCGCUGUUCCUCCGAUCACCAGCCAACCAUGACCGGAAAGGCGAAGCCAAAGAAGCACACGGCAAAGGAGAUAGCGGCGAAGGUCGACGCAGCAACGACGAACAGAGGCGGAGGGAAGGCUGGGCAGAUGGACAGAACUGGAAAAGAUAAAGGAGGUCACUCAAAGUUUGAGUGUCCCCACUGCAAAUCCACGGCGCCGGACCUGAAAUCUAUGCAGAUCCAUCACGAUGCUCGCCAUCCUAAGAUCCCUUUUGAGGAAGAUAAGCUCAUCAAUUUACAUGCCGAUAAUGUAGCCGAAUCAUCUAAGCCGCGUCCCGGUGUUAGGGGCAGCUUCAAAAAGUGAAGGCUGAGGGCGAAGGUCAUAAAGAUUACAACUUGCCAAUGUUUUUUCCUGGGUAGCAGUAUGAAUUCGCUAGGAAGUGUCUUCUUCUGUUCUAAUCGUGGAAUAUAUAUAUAUAUAUAUAUAUAUAUAAUUAAGAAGCGCUUAUUCCCAAUGGAUAAUUUUCUCAAUCUGGUUCAUUUUGUUGAAUAUAAAGGAAAGGGUCUAUUUGAUAUUCAAUUUUGCUUUUUUAUAUGGAGUCAAAAUGUGCUGUCUCUUACUAUUUAUCUCCUUUGGGGCAAACUAGUAGGGUUUAGGGGUUGGUCUUUGGCCUUUGGCCUUUGGGAUGAAGUGAUGAUCUGCAUUAUUCCCAUCUUGUGGGAAGACAAGAGAAGGAGCGAGGAGUGAAUGCCAGGAAGAGCAUACUUUUACAGGAUGGACGGAUAAGGAAAUAACAAAUAUUUUACGUAAGCUGAUUGAGUAUUUGACGGGGCAAAGGAACCGUACAACUAAUCGACUGUCCAAGAGAGUAGGAAGCAAUGUUGCAAAGUUGAUUCUUCAAAUUUCAGUAUUCAUAAAAAUAAUGCUAAUGAUUUUCCUGAUUUGUGUUU